UGUGAAGUGGAGGGCGGAACGCACGGGGGCACACUUCCUUGCAUAAAUAAAGGAAAAACCUGCGCGGUCCCUUCAUUCCACGCCGUUGCACGUUAAGACUUCCUUGAAAGACGCAGUCAGAAAGCCAACAUGGGUGACAAGAAGGCUGUGAUAAAGAACGCAGACAUGUCUGAUGAAAUGCAGCAGGAUGCAGUGGACUGUGCCAUGCAGGCCAUGGAAAAGUAUAACAUUGAGAAGGAUAUCGCCGCCUAUGUCAAAAAGGAGUUUGACAAGAAGUACAACCCCACAUGGCACUGCAUUGUUGGGAGGAACUUUGGCAGCUACGUGACACAUGAGACGAAGCAUUUCAUCUACUUCUACCUGGGUCAAGUGGCUAUUCUGCUGUUCAAGUCUGGCUGAGACGUGGGCUCCUAAACUAUUUCAGCAUUUCUUCUCCCAUUUGCUACAUGACUACCUCCUAAUUUCUUGCUGUCUUCAGCCUGUUAUUAUUUUUGUCUCCUGCAACACUACUACCAACAGUGGCUGGUGCUUUGAGCUUGUGUAAUGCCUGGACUGGUGAUGUGUCAUUCAUAAAAAAUGCCAAUAUAAAAUGACUUAUGGUGACAGCACUCAGUCAGCCUCUGCACUUCUGACAGACUCAUUAUGGCUCAUGACUUCCCAGUAAUUUGCUGUGCGGUGCUGCACAGACUUUGUAUGUUAGUUCACAUGACUGUAUAAUUUAUUUUCAUUGAAUUAAAAUGAGCAACAGCCUUUUUUGUUAUCCUUUAGAUUUUCACUGACAAACCAUGCUGAGACUGUUGCUUACAUGAAAUAAAGGAUGCAAAAUACUGAGAGAUUUUAGGGGUUUUGUACAUGCCUAAACAUUCCUGUUGACACUUGUAGUGUUGUUGUAGAUCUUUGGGAAUGUAAUUCAGUGAGUAGUCAUUGUGAUAUUUUCAUCAUAUUGACCAGAAAAACUUUGACAACAGUAAAUUGGUUCAAAAUGUGUUGUGUGUGCUUUAAAUUCAUUUGUGCAUGUACAAUGCGGUGUAUAAGGCAAAAACUGAAUUUGUACAGUUUCAAAUGAUCUUAAAAGCUAGUAUUUGGUAUGAACACCUUUAUUCAACACUUAAGUUCUUGUGUAAUGUGGCGUACUGCAGCCUUCUCUCACAGUUUGCGUUCCUGUGAAAAAAAAAAUUACAGUAAAGUUAAGCAGCAUUUUAGAAAAAAUAAAUAAAUGGCAAAUCAAACUUGUGGAAGCUAAUGUCUGC